AGGCUUUUUUUGCUAUGACCUAAACACAUUACUACACAAGCAUCAGCAGCAACAGCAUCGGUAGCGAUGUAAGGCGAAAAAUGGCUGAAUCGAAAAGAUCAACAACAACGUCGUCCUCGAGUAGUAGCAGCAAAUUGCGGAAAUCCAAGAAUGACCUUAUCCGUAGCGUCGUCGGAAGCUAUUUGAAACAGCGAAACUAUAUGGUGAACGAUCGUUAUCGGAGAUCGGAACUAACGCUAACCCAAUCAACAGAACAGGUCGUCAUGAACACUGCCAUUAAGAAUGAGAUCUCCAAGGCGAACAGCUUUCUGUUUUCCAACAUUUUUUGUCUGAACAAUAAUCCGGCCCAAGUGGAUCAACAUUUCACCAAGCUUUGUAAUUUCAUCAAAUGUCAACAGGAACGUGUUCGCCAGGAGCUACAAGAACUGGUGAAUCCACUUCUCUGUCAUCUCUAUAUUGAGAUGCUCAAGGGUCGCGACUGGCGUCCGGCCAUCGAGUUCCUGCGGAAGCAUGCACCUCUGUUGGGUCGUAUCGAGCCGUCAACCGCGCCUCCAAGCAGUUCACCCCUGAUAAUGAAUCAAAAAAUCAAUGGAACGGUAGAAGAGCAACAAGCUUCGGGCAUUCCAAUUGCCACUGUUCAACAUUCUGCGAUUAUUUUUUCACCUGUGCAAGGUUCCUCUCCCGUGAACACUUGUCCCACGUUGGAGACGUUCCAACAGCUCGUCCAUAAGCUCUCUCAAGUCACCCGGAUUCAGGAUCUGGAAAAUGAUCCACUGACGCUACAGUUUCGUACCUGCCAGUACGAAAUUCAACUUUGCUCGGCUUCAGUAACCGCUUUGCGGAGGUACCUGGCGAAAUACGGCCACUCGCUUAUUCUGCAGAUUCUGCGCAAUUGGUUUUAUUUUGACACGAGCGACGAUAAGGACUUUGUCGACUACAGUCCUCGUUUGGUUGCGCCAAGAAGCGCGAAAAAGCCUCGCUUGGCAGAAUCCAAUGGGAUGGAGGUGCUGAAUGGGCUUCCGAUGGAAAGUACCGAGCAGGAUUCAACGGUUGAAACAGAGUAUGAUUUCUCCGAGCAUACGGAGGCGGAGAACACGAAAUACCUUCUGCUGAAUGGGUUCAACGCUAGCUUCAUGCGGUACAAGAUUGAAGAGCUCAAGGGUGGGGGGAGAAUAGAUGAUAGUAACCACCAGGGAUUAUCCACUAUGGAUUUGGAUGAUGACGACGAUGACGAUGAUAGUCCACUUCAUCUUCCAGCACUGGAAGAGAUACCAACCAAGCCAGAUGUGUUUCAAGAGGGUGGCCACCACCACCAGCAGCAGCAGCAACAAUUUGCAGAGGACAUUUCCGGGUUAUUUCGAAGGAUGAGCUGCGCGGAGAAAAUACGACGGAUGCGGGAAUGUACGGAAAAACUGAACCAGUUUCAGCCGCCACUUUGCAUUUACCAGUUGGAGAACGUUGACGAUCGGUUGACAUCGAUGGCGAUCGAUGCGGACAGUUGUCACCUGGCGAGUGGCUUCCAGGAUUCGUCCAUUAUGCUGUGGUCUGUGAAUCGAAGUACGCAGAUUGGCCGGAAACCGUAUGCAUCCUUGCGAGAUCGGAGAUGCUGUUGGAAUGUGACUUCCUGUGAUAGUAGUUUAAGUGAGGAAGAAGAGGAAGGAGACGACGAUUGUGGGGGUGGAAAUGAUGGCGAGAAGAUCGGAGGACGAGAGCGGGAUUAUGACGACCCGGGGGAAACUUCAGAAUUGAAAAAGAUAUUUCGGGUGAAAUCGAAGGCAGAGAUCAACAGGCUGAACAAAUUGCUUCCAGUGUAUAGUAGACAGAUGAACAAACGUGAACGGUGGAAGCAGUUUAUGGAACGAAGGUGUAGUGAAAACGUAUUUACCGAAACCGGCGGAAUUACACUGCGCGGACAUUCGAACGCCAUUACGGAUCUGCUGUUUUCGAACCACAGCCCACUGUUGCUGAGCGUUUCGAGAGAUCUCACGAUGCGAGCGUGGCUUGCCAGCGACUACAAUUGCGGAGCGGUAUAUCGUGGACACAAUCACCCGAUAUGGUGUGUAGCAGAGAGCUCAACCGGUCUGUAUCUGGCCACCGGAUCGAGGGAUACGACUGCCCGUUUGUGGUCUACCGAGCGAGAAUUUCCCCUGCAGAUAUACGUUGGACACACACAAGACGUGGAUGCGGUGGCAUUUCACCCGAAUGGAAAUUAUUUGGCUACCGGUUCAACGGAUUUGACGGUUCGGUUGUGGUGCGUCACCAGUGGGAAACUGUUUCGAAUAUUUACCGACUGUCGGCAGCCGAUUCAUCGAAUAGCAUUCAGCCCGGACGGAAAAUAUCUUGCUGCUGCUGGGGAGGAAAAUCGGGUGCGCAUUUUCGACCUGGCUGCCGGUUCGCAACUGACGGAACUACGGGACCAUACUUCAGCAGUGACGUACGUUACUUGGAGCUCAAACAGCCGGCAUUUUGUGUCGGCUGGCGCUGACGGCAUGAUUCGUAUGUGGGAUGCCGUCAAAAUGGUUUCAUCGUCUUCACAAUCGUCAUCAUCCUCGAACAGUAGCAGCAACAAUUCAGCGCCAACUCGUAGCACUACUACAACUAAUCACAAUAACAGCAUUAGUCCAAAUAAUUCUGCUGUUAAUAAUAACGCUGGCGGCAGCAGCAAUAAUAACGCAAACCAUACUCAGAAGACCAACUCAAGCGGCGCGUCUUCUUCGUCAAGCAAUAAUCUCCUGCUCGCUUAUGCAACCGACUGUCGACGGAUAUACCGCCUACACUACAAUCACCUGAAUGGAAGCCUAAGCUGUAUCGGAAACAGCUAAAGCCAAUCGGAACUCAUUCUUCUCCCCCCUCCCUCCCCCCCCGCAUUCUUUCGACACCAUAUUAAGUAUUAUUUAUUACUUGUCCCGCCUAAUAACUCUAAUUCUCUAGCAGCGUUUAAUCCCAUUCGAAACGCGAAAACCGUCUUAUACUCAGUGGCGUUCCGCUGUUCAUCAGGCAGCAUACCACCCUGUUUUUUUUCUUUGUAAAAUAUGAAAGGUUUCCUUGAUGGAAUUCUGAUAAUAUUUGUCUGAGUGCGGUAGAACCGACC